AUGCCCCCUCAUCACCCAAUUUGGGGCCACCUCAAGGUCAUCGCAAAAGUCAUGAAGGAGCUUCCACCAGAUCUAAUGCCUACGGUCGCACUCGGCGAAUACUUUCGACGACACUAUCCCCACCUGGAUCAAGCAUUUUACCUAGACCAGUGGCCCUUUUCCAAGCCGAUGCUAAUCCUCCUCUCCCCGGACACUGCCCGACAAAUCACUCAAGGAGUCUCAUUGCUCAAAGAUCCUCUACAAGGUGUUUUCUUGGCUCCGCUGACAGGUGGUUACGACAUCGACACAAUGGAGGGUGAUGAGUGGAAGUUUUGGCACAACGUCUUCAGCCCUGGCUUUCGAGUCUCAAAUAUUACGGCCUUAGUACCGAGUUUUAUUGAGAUGGUCAACGUCUUCUGUGAACGACUUCGCGAACAAGCACGUAAAGAAUCUCAGCCAUUCUACCUGGCCCCGAUGGCGUACGACCUUACUAUGGAUCUAUCGGCGAAGUCAAUCAUGGACCACGACUUACACAGCCAGACCGAAUACAACGAUUUUGCAGCGGCCCUUGCGUCCCAACUUCGCUGGCUUCAUUACAAGAGAAACACUUUGGCGGACCUCAACUUUAUACGGCCACUGGUUCAACGGUACAACACUUGGCGGAUGGACACUUACAUCAACGCAGUAUUAUCGCGGAAGUCGAAACUCAGUCCCGAGGAGAAAAAGGGAGCAGUCUCCGUACUUGACGUUGCGAAUGUCCCGCAUGACCCGGUACAUGUGCGAAUACUUCCGAAGGUCAUUCGCUCACAAGUCAAGUUCAUGAUGCUGGCGGGAUAUGACACCACUGGCUCUUCCAUAGUCUUCAUGACACACCGCCUUACAAAACAUCCCGAUAUCUUAGCCCGUGUGCGCGCCGAGCAUGACGAGAUCCUCGGACCUGACAUCAAAGCAGCGCCAAAGCUGAUUGCGGCAAAUCCAAAGUUGCUGAACCUCUUGCCUUACACCACCGCGGUGAUGAAAGAGUCCCUUCGAUUCUAUCCACCCGGAGCCACCACGAGGCUCGGCCAACGCGACUUCAAUCUUGUCAUUGACAGGCCGGACGCCAAUAACACGGCGGCUAAAUUGGCUCUCCCCACUGAAGGGUUCAUUUGCAUGGCCAUACAUCACGGGAUUCACCACAAUCCUCGUUAUUGGGAACGACCUCACGAGUUUAUACCCGAGCGGUUCCUUGAGAAGGGAAAGGACGACCCGCUUCAACCUCCCGUCAAUGGCUGGCGGCCUUUUGAACGGGGACCUCGAGCCUGUAUUGGCCAAGAGAUGGCUUUGGCUGAGAUCAAGAUGGUUUGCGCAAUGACGGCGAGAGAGUUUGAUUUCAGACCGGCAUAUGAUAAGAUUGGGCCACAGCCAGCCCAUACGGUUGACGGAGACCACGUCUAUCUUGUGAGUCGUGGAGGCGCUGCAAACCCUAGCGGUUUUUAUCCGUGCCAAAUCACUUUCACAGACAGAGUACAGACAUGA